UCUUUAUCUUUAGAAAAACUAUUUGUUUCAUGAUCGAUCAAACAUGGCCUUCUCUAGUCAUGUAAUCAAAAUAAUUCUCCUAAUCAUCAAUUCAAUAAUCCUUCAUAAUUCAGAUGGUGCAUCCACAGAUAAUACAUCACAAGACAACUACGUAUAUACACUAUGUCCAUCCGUAGAUAAUACCGCAUCACCAAAAAGUACAUACGAAAACAAUAUGAAAAAAACUCUUACAUAUCUUUCUUCAAACUCUACGACUAAAACCCGAUUCUAUAACACCACGGUUGGGACGGGCUCCGAUAAGGUGUUCGGGCUGUUUUUCUGCCGGCUAGAUGUUACGGAUGCUGCCUGUGAGAAAUGUGUAAGUUUGGCUACGAAUGCGCUAACUACGCGGUGUCCAGGGCAGAAGAAGGCAAUAGUAUGGUACUUUGAUCAAUGUGUUGUUCGGUACUCGGAUGAGCCGUUUCUUGGUACUAUGCAUGAUGCUCCUAUGAUUGCUAUGUGGAAUAGACAAAAUUCUUUGGAUAUUUGGAAUGUUACAAGUAAUAUGAAUAGUUUUAUGCACAUCUUAUUGGACACUCUAGAAGAUGCAGCAGCUAAAGCCACAGGAGGGUCACCAAAGCAGAAAUUCGCAGUACAAGAAGCCACUUUUCCUAAUAAUUUAACGAGUUUGAACAAAAUCUACACACUUGCUGAAUGUACGCCUGAUAUAACCUUAAGUGACUGUAAAAGCUGUCUACGAGUGACAAUCAGCAAUACAACUGAACUUUGCAACGUAAAGGCAGGAUGUACUCUCAUGUGUCCCAAUUGUAAUAUUAGGUACGACACUUUUCCUUUUUAUGGAGACACUGCUCAAAAUUCAAGCCGUUCUCCUAUCCCACUUUUUCCAGGGGAGCAAUCACAUGUUAGAAAGAGAUCAAAACAAGCGAUUAUCAUAGGUGCCAUUGGGGGUGCAGCUUUAAUAGCAGGACUUGUUUCUGCUGUUAUAUUGUCAGUAUUCAAAAGAAAGUCCAAGGAAGGUCUUACGGAUUCAAAUGACAUUGAAACUAUGGAGUCUUUGAAAUUUAACUUUGGCAAAAUAAGGUCCGCCACUCAUAAUUUCUCUGAAGAUAAAAAGCUUGGAGAAGGUGGAUUUGGUGAAGUUUUCAAGGGGAAGCUUGAAAAUGGACAAGAAAUAGCAGUAAAGAGGUUAGCAAGAAACUCCAAACAAGGCAUAGCUGAAUUUCAGACAGAAGUUCUGUUAGUUGCAAGACUCCAACACAGAAAUCUAGUCAAACUCUUAGGUUUCUGUGUAUCCAAGAAAGAGAAGCUACUCAUUUAUGAAUAUUUACCAAAUUUAAGUCUUGACCAGUAUUUACUUGAUGCUUAUAAGUGUGCAACUUUGGACUGGGAAACAAGGUUCAAGAUCAUAUCAGGAAUAGCAAGAGGAUUACUUUAUCUUCAUGAAGAUUCUCGACUCAAGAUCAUACACCGCGAUCUUAAAUGUAGUAACGUAUUGUUAGAUAAAGAUAUGAAUCCUAAAAUUUCGGAUUUUGGUAUGGCAAGGCUUUUUGGUGCUGAUGAAACUCAAGGAAACACCAACAAAAUUUCUGGAACUUUCGGAUAUAUGGCUCCAGAAUAUGUAAUAACGGGUCACUACUCCGUUAAAUCAGAUGUAUAUAGUUUUGGUAUAAUUGUUCUAGAGAUCAUUAGUGGCGAGAGGAACAAGUUUGUCAGAUUAGAUGACGAUGCUGAAUCAUUGGUACACCGAGUAUGGAGACUUUGGAAUGAGGAGAAUCCUAUGGAAUUGAUGGAUAAAACAAUGGGAACUGAUUACUCAUACGAAGAAGUAUCAAAAUGUAUACAUAUCGGUCUUUUGUGCAUCCAAGAAGACGCUGGAAGACGGCCAAGAAUGGCGUCAGUCGUGGCGGCGCUUAGUGGUGACGCUAAUAUAGUUCUACCUGCCCCAACUCCACCCCAUUUUUUCCUUCCUUGUGCUUAUGGACUAGAAGAUACUUCUGGACCAAAUCAAUCUUGCUCUACAUUUUCUGGCUCUAGAGAUAUUACUAUUGUGGAUCCUCAGUCCUAUAUAAUCAAACAUGUUGAAAAUGCUCAGAACAUCCUAUAUAAAACAAUAUAUACUUCUAUACGCUACUCGUGUAAGAAGGGUGAGUAUACAAGUAGUAUUUUGGUGUACCGGGAGAGUAUGGAAACGGAUAUUGAUGCUCAUCCUAUAUGGAAAUAUAUGUUUCUGGGUGCUUGUUUAUCUUCCAUUUCUAGAAACAUGCCUAUUCUCACUACAUCAUGGCCAUCUUUAUUUGUCUUCCUUUUUCUGUCAAGUUUCUGGAUUGUGCAUAGCUUAGCAGCUGCUCCUGAAACUGCUCCCCAAGCAUAUGUUUAUGCUCUUUGUCCAGACAUGACUAUAGUUGCUACUAACAGCAACUAUCAGCAAAACAUCAAUAAAGUUCUUAAUUACCUCUCAUCAAACUCAAGCAACACGAACCGGUUCUACAACACAAGUGUAGGUAGCGGACAUGACAAGGUUUAUGGGCUCUUUUUCUGCCGUCUUGAUGUCACCGAUGCAGCCUGUAAGAAGUGUGUGUCGUUAGCCAAAAACGCACUAGGGACUCGAUGUCCUGGGAAGAAAGACUCCACAGUAUGGUAUUUUGAUCAAUGUGUAGUUCAUUAUUCUAACAGAUCUUUUUUGGGUAGUAUGCAUCCUGCUCCUAUGAUCCCAAUGUGGAACAGACAGAAUUCUCAUGAUAUUUGGUCUGUUACAAGUGAUAUGAGCAGUUUUAUGAAAGUUGUGCUUGAUACUAUGUGGAAUGCUACUAUCAAUGCUACAAGUGGUAGAAUAGAAAGGAAAUUUGCAACAAAGGAAGCUAGAUUUAGGGGUAACUUGACUAGUUUGAAUACUGUCUACACACUUGUUGAGUGCACACCAGAUAUAUCUUUGAGUGAUUGCAGAAGUUGUCUUAAGAUGGUUAUUGGGAAUACUACAGAACUUUGUAAUGUCAAGGCUGGUUGUACUUUGAUGUGUCCUAAUUGUAAUAUGAGAUAUGAUAUAUAUCCUUUUUAUGGAGAUGCUGCUGCAAGUUCUUCAGAUUCUGCAUUUGAUCCCUUCACAAUCAAAGGAACCCCUACAAAAGUUUCUAGAAGAAAUAAGGCAUUACUAGUAGGCAUCAUCACAGCAGGAGUUUUAGCAUUGUUGCUGCUUCCUGGAGUUAUUAUAUUUAUAUACAAGAGAAAAAAUCUGAAAGCUCAAGCUGGCUUAAAUGAUAUCGAAGUUGUGGAGUCCUUGAAAUUUGAUAUUGGCAUGAUACGAACUGCAACCAACAAUUUUUCGAAAGAUAGAAAGCUUGGAGAAGGCGGAUUUGGUGAAGUGUACAGGGGAAAGCUUGAAACUGGAGAAGAGGUUGCUGUAAAGAGACUCUCAAGAUUUUCUAGGCAAGGCAUUUCCGAGUUUAAGACAGAAGUACUUCUUGUUGCCGAGCUCCAGCACAGGAACUUAGUGAAACUCCUUGGAUUUUGCCUCGCAACGCAGGAGACACUACUUGUAUAUGAGUACUUGCCAAAUUCCAGUCUUGAUCGGUUUCUAACUGAUCCAAAAAAGUCUGCGUCAUUAGAUUGGAAAACAAGAUGUAAGAUUAUAUGUGGGAUUGCAAGGGGGUUACUCUAUCUUCAUGAAGACUCGAGGCUCAAGAUCAUACACCGGGACCUUAAGGCUAGUAAUGUUCUGUUAGAUAAAGAUAUGAAUCCGAAAAUCUCAGAUUUUGGAAUGGCAAGAUUAUUUAAGGCAGACGAAACUCAAAGAAAUACAAGUAGGAUUGCGGGAACAUUUGGAUACAUGGCACCUGAGUACGUGAUUGCAGGCCACUAUUCAGCGAAAUCAGAUGUUUAUAGUUUCGGAAUCUUGGUUCUUGAAAUCAUAAGUGGUCAGCUGAACAAUUUCUUCAGACUAGACGGAAAUGAAGAAUCUUUGCUCGAUCGUGCAUGGAGGCUGUGGGAGGAGGGUUUUGUAAUGAAAUUGGUAGACUCGAGAAUGGAAGAUGAUAUAUCAUUAGAAGAAGCAGAAAAGUGCAUCCACAUAGCGUUAUUAUGCAUCCAAGAAGACGCUUCAAGAAGACCACGAAUGGCUACUGUGGUAGCCGCGCUAAAUGGUGAUUCUGUUAUUCUACCACCACCUACGGCACCUCAUUUCUUCGUAGGAGGCUCAUAUUCGGAAUGGGAUGAAUCCUCCGGGCUUGAUUUGUCUGCUACGGGUUUUACUGGCACAUCCAGCGUUACAGAUAUGGAUCCUCGAUAAUCACAAAAUGUUACAUUCUUUAAGAUAUGAAGUGCCCAACAUCAUAGUAAUAAGCUGAGUGAAGCUCAUGUAUAAAGGCCAAACGUGCAAACAAAACAUAGGUAAGCUUAUAAUCAUAGCAUAUAGGUUAUUUGGUUAUUUGCUUUGGUAGUAUAAGUUCAAAUUUUUGUAUGAGAAUCAUAGUAACAAUUGUGAUUUGUGAGAUUCUUGUUGCUUUUCAAUUUAAUGGAUGUACAUUUUAUUGUGUUUAAUUUAUAAAACGUUCUUUUUGAAACGUA